UCCUCCAUCCAAGCCUCUCAUCUCAUUCAAGAAACAAGUGUGGAGUAAGAGCAGUGUUAUAUUGUGCUCUCCAGCUGUAGGGGCGCAAGUGCCUGACAAACUUCUAUGAAGGAAAGGACCAAGAAGCAAGAUGUAUGAGGACGGCUACGCUAUGGAGAUGAUACUGCUGGAAGAAUAGAAGCUCAGUAUCUGCAUUGUUGAUUUAUUUUAUAGUCCCACAGACACAACAUCCUGGUUACUGCAAGCAAAUCCAAAGGCCAUGGAUGCCAGCUCAAUACCUCAGAUUAAUAUAGAGGACUAUGAUGGCCUUGAGGUUGCCCCAGAUGAUCAUUUGAGAAACUUGAAAGCACUGACUGAGAAGCUCAGACUUGAGACCAGAAGGCCGUCCUAUCUUGAGUGGAAGGAAAGAGUGGAAGCUCAAAGCUCCAAAGGCUUAGCCGUGUCAGAGGGCUCAUCAGAGCUGGAGAAAAGUGCUGGACUGAAGCCCAACGUCACACCUCAGAAUUCCCAAGUGACUGCAGGAAAUGCCCUGAUUUCCAGAAGCCUUGGAGGGUUUGAUAAUAUUGACGAGGCUCUUGUUUGGCUUAGAAAAGAACUGAUGGAGAUGCGCAUCCAGGACCAGCAGUUGGCCCGCCAACUUAUGCGACUACGCGGAGACAUCAACAAACUCAAAGUGGAGCAGACAUGUCACCUGCAUCGCCGGAUGCUCAACGAUGCCACCUUUGGUCUGGAGGAGCGUGAUGAGCUGUCGGAUCUUCUGUGUGAUGGACCCGUCACUCCAGGGUUUGGCCUCUCUUCACCACUGCGCCUCAUCGGUGUCACCAAGAUGAACAUCAACUCCAGACGCUUUUCCCUUUGCUAGCCAUUUAACAAGUGACCCAACUGCAAAAGAAAAGAAUCAGGGAGUCAAAAUUGACUACUCUGGUAGUCAGUGUUUAAGUGAAUAAUCUUAGACAACUGUUUAGGAACUCAUAAGAACUGUUGUCACAGAACAUCCUGUGCCUCUUGCUCUAUGUACUUGUGCCAGUGAAACCUUUUCAGUUAAUCAAAUGAACAAUAGACAAUGACUUCUAAAAAAUGUCUGAUCCACUAGCCAUGGCUCUAUGCCUUAGAUACAGUCCUUUUUGUGGUCAUGAGAUAUCAACUGAUGUCACUUACCACACACUGCUGGCUCUGUUUCAAAACCUUGUAAACUAUCAAAUAUGCACCCUUUGAUGCGAAGACACGAAGCCUCCCAAAACACAUUGUUUUAGCCAAAUUCUAAAGCAGCAUUUUUUGGAACAGAGCUAUAGCCUUAAUUCUGUUUGCUUUUGUAUGAAACAAAAUAUCUUGAGCAGUUUUACAUCGAUCUGCAAGUUUGAACUCUAUCCUAAGAUUUUUUUGGUUUAAAUAUAUUAAUUUUAUAUGGAAGAAUGCACCAAUAUCUUAUAAACAUGACUCGUGGUUAGAUACAGUAAAGCUAUACCUGGUGUAUUAUGCUUGGAAUGUACAGUAAAGAUUGCAUUUGUUAUGUACAGUAUAAUAAAAUCCCAGUCUGAAGAUCA